GUCCACUUUUGGCUCUCGUAUCGUGCAGUUAGCAAGAGAAAAAGGUUCAUGCCGCGUUCAUUGGCCGCGCGUAACGUGUCUGUGUUUCUUGCUGGUGUGUAUAUGUGCCUCUGUGUGUGUGUGUGUGUGCGAGUGCACACAAAUAAUUAAAGAAAAUUAAUAAAACAAAAUGUAAUUAUCGAUUCUCUGUUUACGUUUCGAUUGCAUUCAGCUGUUAUUUACAUAUGUAUGCGUGUAGUCGCCAAAAUGCUGGCUACAAAGUGUUAAAACAAUUUCAACAUCCACAUAAUAAUCAUAAUAAUACAUAGCAGCAAUAAUAAUCCAAAACGAAACCGAAAACGAAACGAAAACUGAAAUCCCAGGCAGCAAUUACUAAAUGAAAAUGCGAAAUCAUAAAGAAAACGGAAAUCAUCAGCAGAGCUCAGCCACAACGACAACAGCAAUAGCAAUAGCAGCAACAGCAGCAGCAACAACAGCAACGGCAGCAACAGCAACAAUGCCACUAGAGACUUCCAUUGGCAACAACAACAACAACAACAUUAACAUCAACAACAACGGCAAUGGACAAACGGACAAAAUGUCAGUGUCGAAAAUGCUGCUGCCCGCACUCAAGUCCGCCUCAAAGGAUGCAACAAUCCCGAUCCCGACACAGGCAACAUCCCAGCGACGGCAACAGCAACAACAACAGCAACAGCAACAAUUCACGCCCCUCUCCGUGUCGGAUGCGGCGAGCAAUGCCAGCUUCAGUUCCGCAUCGGUCGCCGGUUCCAUACAGGAUGAUAUGCCACAGCCGCCAACGCAGCAACAGCAACAGUCACAACAGCAACAGUUGCAGUUGCAGCACCAGCAACAGUUGCACCAACAGCAACAACAUUCGCUGCAACAUCUGGACCAAUGCGGUCUGACCCAGGCGGGUCUGGAGGAGUACAAUAUAAGAGCAUCAUCCUACUACGAUCAGACAACAUUCCAUCAUCAAAAGCAGGCCUCAUAUGCACAGUCCGAGGGCUAUCACAGCUAUGUUUCCAGCUCGGAUUCCACAUCGGCAACGCCAUUCCUGGACAAAUUGCGUCAGGAGAGCGAUUUGUUGUCGCGUCAGUCACAUCAUUGGUCCGAGAACGAUCUCUCAUCGGUCUGCAGCAACUCGGUGGCACCAUCGCCCAUCCCAUUGCUGGCCCGUCAAUGCAGCAGUCGCAGCAGCAGCGGUGGCAACAUCAACAACAGCAACGGCAACUCCCUUGCCCAGCAACAUCAUUCCAACGCCAACAAUCAUAGUCCCAGCAGCAUUCACAACAAUAACAACAGCAGCAGCAACAACAACAACAACAACAACAGCUCUGAGAGCACCUCAUCCACGGAAACGCUCAAAUGGCUCGGAUCCAUGAGCGACAUUUCCGAGGCGAGCCAUGCGACGGGUUACAGUGCCAUUGCCGAGUCGGUUUCCUCCUCGCAGCUGAUUGUGCACAGUUCGCGGGUGCUGACGCCCAAGCGACAUCAGAGCGAGAGCGUGUUGUAUCUGCACGACAAUGAGGUGACAUCGCCAGCGCCACAGGCAACACCAACUACGACGACAAUGUCUGGCAGCAGCAGCACAAUUGACAGUGUUCAGCAGUCGCCGCAGUCGUUGCAGUCGCCGCAGAUCUCAGAGGAUGUCGUGCAACCGCUGCGCGUGCAACAUCGUCACAGUCCCAGCUAUCCGCCCGUGCACCAAUCGAUGGCGCUGCAUCGCUUCCAGCAGCAUCAGCCCGCCAAUUACAGGCUGACGGCACAAAGUUCCUUGCCCGAGUUGGAAUCUCCCCACGAGACACGCUCCCUGCGCGCUCAAUCGCAAUCCACGGGCGAUCUGCAGCAGCAACAACAGCAAUUCCAUCGUCCUGCCCAGAAGCACAAGUCGAGCAUUUCGGUGACCAUUUCCAGCAGCGAGGCGGUGGUGACAAUUGCACCACAGCCACCGCCCAGUAAGCCGCAGCUGAGCAAAUUGGAGCUGCUCAGCUGCAGUGCACCCAAUGUGGCAUCCAGCACGGAUCAAUCGCCGCCACUCGAUUCCUAUCGCAGCAAUCAUCGCCUGUUCCCCGUCAGCACGUACACGGAACCGGUGCACAGCAACACCUCGCAGUACGUGCAACAUCCGAAGCCGCAGUUCAGCGCCAAUCUGCACAAGUCCGCCAAACUACCUGUGAUAACUCCGGCGGGAGCUGCCGUCCAACCCGCCUGGCAUUCGGUGGCGGAACGCAUCAAUGACUUUGAGCGCAGUCAGCUGGUGGAUGCACCCAAGUUUUCCUACCUGGAGCCGAGCAAGACGCAUCGCGUGUCCAAUCCGGCGCUAAAGGCGCUGCAGAAGAAUGCCGUGCAAUCCUACGUGGAGCGACAGCAGCAGCAGGCGCACAAGGAGGAGCAACAGCUGCUGCGACCGCAAUCCCAAUCGCAUUCCUAUCAAGCGCUGCAUGUGGAGCGCAAAUCUCUGCCCAAUAAUAUGAGUCCCAUUAUGAUAAGUUCCGGUUCCGGUUCCGGCAGCAGUUCUCCAACGCCGCCACCGCCGCCGCCGCGUUCCCGCUCGCUGCUGCCCAAUUUGCUGCGUCGUUCCAGCUCCGCCUCGGAGUACGCCGAGUUCCGGGAUCACCAGCAGCAACAAUUGCACGGCAAGCCGCCGAGCAUACGGAAUAUUAGCAGCGCCGAGAAGCUGUCGUUCAAUGACUGUGGCAUGCCACCACCGCCGCCACCGCCACGUGGCCGUGUGGCGCUGCCAACGCGACGCACUUCCUCGGCCACCGAGUAUGCGCCCAUGCGGGACAAGCUGCUGCUGCAACAGGCCGCCGCCUUGGCACAUCAGCAACAUCAUCCGCAGCAGCAUCGCAGCGCCCAUGUGCAUGGCCACGCCCACGUGCAUGGACACGCCCAUGGACAUGUGCAUGGACAUGCUUAUCAGGCGCCCGCUCCGCCCGAGCGUCCGCCAAAGCAUCCGCAUUUGCGUGUGCCGUCGCCAGAGUUGCCACCGCCGCCACUUGGCGGCGAGCUGGACACGAGCUACACCUUUGAUGAACCGCUGCCACCGCCACCGCCGCCGGAACUGCUCCAGCCACGUCCGCCGCCAUCGCCGAAUCGUCGCAACAGCUUUGCGGGUGCAUCCACGCGUCGUGCUGCCUACGCGGGGGCAACAACGCCGACGCCGACGCUGGCGCCCAAGGUGCCGCCGCAGGUGCCCAAGAAGCCGACAAGCUUGCGGCAGCUGCCACACAAGCAACAACCGCAACAACAACAACAUCUGUCGAAUGGCGCCGUCAAGCCCACAAAUCUGCCUACGAACAGCCGCAAGCGUCCGCACAAUACGCCGCCCAUCCUGGAGAGCGUUGUAAGUGCCUCAGUUGGUGGCACAACCACAUCCACAUCCACAGUCAGUGCCACAUCCAGUGCCACACCGCCGCCGCUUUUGCCGCGUGCUCGUCCCACGCACGCUGACAGCGUUAUAGCCAACAAUCUGGAGAGCAAUCAGCAGAAACGAUCAAACUCAAAGGCCUCGUAUCUGCCGCGUCAGAGCCUGGAGAAGCUGAACAACACGGAUCCGGAUCAUGGCAUUUACAAGUUGACGCUCACCUCCAAUGAGGAUCUGGUGGCACACACAAAGCCCAGCUAUGGCGUCGCUGUACCCAAACUGAAGCUGCCCAACAAUCUGCCCGAUGUGUUGCCGCUGGGCGUGAAGUUGCAACAGCAGCCGGCAAAGCAGCAGCAGCCCGGAUCGCCGGGGGAUGUGGUGGCAUUGCGUUAUGGCUCCAAUAAUAACCUCGCAACCAAGUCGCCAACAAAUGCCACGCCCACAGCUGUGGGCAAUGGCAACAACACAGCCUACGCAAUGAUCUAUGGACAGCAGCAGCAACGGUACUCUUCGCCUGCCUUGGGCCACGCCUACAGCAAGAGCAGAUCGCCAGCGCCUCAAUUUACGCGAUCUCAGUCGUAUGAUGUGAAGCAGCAACAAUCGUUGAAUGAUCCCACGCAUUUCAUGUCCCAGUCACAUGUCGAUCUUAAGCAAGCCGUCCAUGACCUCGAGACGACGCUGGAGGAAGUGCUGCCGACGCCGACGUCAACGCCGACGCCGACGCCGCCACGCCUCUCGCCGGCCACCUCCGACUGCAGCCUGAGCAACAGCUCCCUCGAGUGCAGUCCGGUGAAUGCCAAUCCUAAUCCCGAGGCGCACAUCUUUCGUGCCGAGCUGAUCAGCACGACGUCAGCGACGGCGACACUGACGAAGCCACCGCCAGUGAGUCGACAGGAUUCGUUGCGGGAGAACAUCGAGAAGAUCACACAGCUGCAGUCGCAGCUCAUGUCCGCGCAUCUCUGUGACAAUGGACUCAUCGGCAGCUAUGCCAAGCAGUUCCCCAAGGAGGAGCCCACCAGUCCCACGCCCAGCCAGCAGCAGCAGUUGGAAUCCGCGCCAGCCUCUCCCCUAGAUGUCAACAUGGAUAGCCUGAAGCUAAUGCAACGCAGUGAACUCGUACUAAUGGUAAAUCCCGUACCCAGCACAGCGGACAUGGCCUGCCAGACGGAGGAUCUGCUGGACAGCGAGUUGGUGGCGACACGGGAGGAGCAACAGACGCGCACAACGCUGCAGCCACGACAGCGUCAAGCCAUUGAGCUGGAAUAUGAGCAACUGGCCAUGGAGCUGCUCAAGCAGCUGGCGCCCAACGACAAGCUCAUCGAAAUUCUGACACCAAAAAUCUAUAAACCCACAACGCAGUACGUCAGCAAUCUGUACAAUCCGAAUGUGCCGUUGCGUCCGGCCAAACGAGAUGUGGGCACCUCAACGCUGAUGCGCAUGAAGGCAGCCUCCUCCGGUGAAGUGAGCAGCACAAUUGUGGCAACCACAGCAACCACAACAACCAUGGAGCUGCAGCUGAAGGAUGACAGCACAGAUGGCGAGGCGGAAGCCACGAAUUUAAUCAAGCAGAAGCUGGAUGAACUGAUCCAGCAGUUGAACCAAAAAAUAGUCGCCCUGAAGAGCGAACAGCAAACAAUUGGCGAGGAGUGCGCCACAAAUGAUAAACUGGGCCUGCAUUUGCUGGCCAAUUUAACGGAGAAGGUGCGUCCCAGCGAAGCGUCCAAGUUCCGCACCUACAUCGAUGAUGUGGGUCACAUAACCAGUCUGUUGCUAUCGCUGUCGGAGCGCCUGGCCCAAACCGAAUGCAGUCUGGAGGUGCGUCCGCCCAACAGCAGCCAGCAGGAGAAGAGCACGCUGGAAGCGAAACGCGAACGCCUCAACGAGCAGUUGGAGGAGGCUCAACGCCUCAAGGCUGACAUCGAUAGGCGUGGCAGCAGCAUUGCCAAGCUAUUUGGAAAACAUCUCAGUGCCGACAUGUGCGCCGACUAUGAUUACUUUAUCAAUAUGAAGGCCAAACUCAUUGCCGAUGCCCGCGACCUGGCCGACCGAAUCAAGGGCAGCGAGGAGCAGUUGUGCUCGCUCAGCGAUGCGCUGGUCCAAAGCGAUUGCUAAGGCGCAUCUGCUGCUGCUGGACAAUUUUCCUUGCUGUCAACUCAAAGUUGAGAGCCGUAUGUGAGAAUUGUGCUUUGGCUGCACUGCUCCCGGUCUGGGUGUGUAUUAACUUAACGAUGUGCUUAAAUACAACCACACACUAUAAUGUAUAAAUAUUUUAUGUUCAUUUGUGAUUUUCAAUUAGCAAGUAGGUUAAUCUAUAUAAAUAUAUAUAUCAACCGCAUAUGUGUAAGCAAUUUUUUACAUUAUUAUCAAAGCAAAGAUAAACUGUAUGCAUUAAUAAAAAUUUUAAAACAA